GAGAAAAGAGUGUAGUCUUGGCACGAGAAUGGCUAAAUAGGUCAUGAUUCACGUGAGGAAUUCCCAGCCGCCAUUCCACACACAGACUUCGAGAUGGCCGGCGGACGCGCUCGCUCUUCCUCGGGACUCUCGCUUCGCCUGAGCCUCUUGCUGGUCGUACUGGCGUGCUCCUCCUCGCCCACCUCGUCCUCGAGCCUUCCCGCCCUUGAAGCAGUGUCACCGAGGGCGGAGGAUAGUGCUCAGGUUGCGCUGCACCUGGUCAAGCGCCAGGCGACAGGUCUGGCCUCAAGCGAGGAGGCGGCGCUGCUGGCGCUGCUCGACCUCGUCCCCCGCGCCGACCGACGCUCCGCCGCCUCCAUGCUCGACCGCCUCUUCACCACGCUCGACCUCAACGAAGACGGGCUGAUCGACUCGCGGGAAUUCGAGACCGUCCUCAGGCUGGUCGCCACCAUGAACCGCCACCCCUCCUUCGUCUGAGUCUUCUGCAGCGCCUCCGCCAGCCCUCAGGGAAUCCCAUCGACCUCAGGGCCGAUCCAUGCCGACCGAUGGCCUCGCUGGGGAACAAAAGCAAACAAACGACGAGUUCGCUCGCUGAAGAACAAGAAGAACGUAACCGAUUAGUGGACAGCCGUUCUCCGGCCCCCAGUGAACCUCCUGUGGGACUGAUGACUUCAAGCAGAGCAGAAUGAUUCACUUUUCCCGCAACGCAACCUUUUUUCCACAGCGUGAAUUGUAUUUUCUCCCCUUUUUUUCUUUAGCUUUAUGUUCAUAUGAAGUGAGUGAAAUUU